GGGAGAACGCCCGGGAACGGCAGCGGGACGGAAACGGGGGUACCUGCCGCAGCGGCGGCGCCCACGAUGCGACCUCGAACGCCUCAGGUGGGGCCGACGCGUGGCCUCGCACCCACCAAGUGACUGCACGCCCGGAUGCUACAGCCCGCCCCUCGAUCCCCAGCCGGAAGCGCUGCGUUUCGGGUGGUUGCUAGGGAACUGGCGAGCCGGAAGUUCCGCCUGCCGAGCCGCGGCUUGUUGUUGUGACAGAUACCGUGACAGCGACAGGCCCGGCCGCCCGGCACGAGCCCCCGCCCGCCCGCACACGGGCCUCGCCGCCGCUGGCUCCGCUUCCCGCCGGCCCGCACCAUGAAGUGGAUGUUCAAGGAGGACCACGCGCUGGAGCACAGAUGUGUCGAGUCGGCAAAAAUCCGAGCCAAAUACCCCGACCGUGUCCCGGUCAUAGUGGAGAAGGUCUCAGGAUCUCAGAUUGUUGAUAUUGACAAGAGGAAGUACUUGGUUCCAUCUGACAUCACCGUGGCCCAGUUCAUGUGGAUCAUCAGGAAGAGGAUUCAACUGCCAUCUGAGAAAGCAAUAUUCCUCUUUGUAGACAAGACUGUCCCACAGUCCAGCUUAACUAUGGGACAACUUUAUGAAAAGGAAAAGGAUGAGGAUGGAUUCUUGUAUGUUGCCUACAGUGGAGAGAACACAUUUGGUUUCUGAAUGGUGGGUCUUGGCUGCUAUACCAUCCUGCUGUGUACCUUGUAAAUAGCUGAUCAUUUUCUGUUCUGAGAUCCACAGAAGUUCCUUCUAUCUACAGGCAUUUGUAACUGGAUUUAUUUCUUAAUAUAUUGAUAGGUCUUGUUUUAUUAGACUGUUAAAUUAUAAAAAAAAAAGUUUUGUUGGUUUUGUGCUUUUUUUUUUUUUUCUCAUGGCUAUGAAUUCCCAGAGCCUCACUCCUUUGAGGGAAUACAUUCAAUGACACUGAUUAAAUAAUAAAGCAAAGUAGUUGGGCUACUAAAACAUGAAAAGAAGAAUAUAAAUUCAUUCUAUUUUGAGGUGUUAGUUUAAGAAAAAUAAGAACAUCAAAUUAGUAUUGGGAACACUGGAUUUGCUAGUUUAUCCUAAGCAGGAGCAAGAUGCUGAUCACGUUGAAUUGAGCUAACAUGUUCUUCUUUCUCAAUUAACAAACAAGUACAAUAAAAAUUCCUGUCACAAA